AUGCAUGCAGUAUUGCUUUUGAUUCAUGGUGGUUGGAGGCUUUGCUUUUCUUCGUGUAAGAGUUCCAUAAUUGAUGUUGGCUGUGAAUCUCAGGUGGUUGGGCUUGAAGAAAUGAGCAUCUAUGGUGAUAUCAGAAUCAUUAAACACCCUUUGCUUGUAGAAGGCUUAGCAAUGUUCAGUAGUGCUAGGUUCAAUGCUUGUGUUUGGAAAGGGAAAUGGAAGUAUGAGGUUCUAUUGGAAACUUCAGGUGAUUCAUUUGCAUUUGAUGGGAAAAGGGUUAGAAAGUGGAAUAAGGAUCCAGGUAAUGUCAUUGGAUGUUGCAUUGAUCUGAAGGAUCAUGACGAGAUACUACUUUAUAGAAAUGGUGUAUCCUAUGGAGUGGCCUUUCCUGGUAUCCUCAAGAUGGGACUUGGAUCUGGGUAUUCUCUCUUUCUCAAGGGGAACGCUGUGAAUUAA